UUUGCUUCUAUUUGUCAUUUCGUCUGCGAUUGCACAUAACCUGAAACGCAUGCGGUGAAGGUACUGCGUGUUUGUUAUUUCGUACUGUGUUAUUAUGAAAAUGACUGUAGCGAAGAAGAAACGUGUGUCGAAGAAGACGAAAAGUGCUUGGCGCAAGCACGUGGACAUCGGCGAUGUUGAAGACUACCUGGAGGAUCUUCGCCAUGAGGAACGUAUGGGAGCGCCUCUAUCCACCUUGACCAACGAAGAACUUUUCAAAGUUGACACAGGCACCGAAGAAGUCAUAUUGACAAGCAAACAACAGAAGAGACAGCAGCUUCGGGAUAAACCACUGAAACAUCUGCAGCUUCUGAAACCGCACACAAAUGUCCCGGAUCCAAUCACAAAGCGAAAUCGCGUGAAAAGCAAGGAGGAGAAGCAGAAGGGCAUCGCAAAAUUUAUCAACAAGAAACUGGAAGCUAGAGCAAAGAGACCCAAGCAAAUUAGGAAGGUCGAAGAAGAAACAGAUGAUGUUUGGGAAAAUUUCUGCGAAGAUGACAGCAUGGCCAAGGAAAUCAAGACGAAUCAAUGGUUUAACGAUGAGACUCAGAUGAAUUUGCUUUUGGGAUCUAGUAAGAAAAAGAAAGUUAUGCCGAAUACAAUGAAAAACAAAUCGGCUGGGGUAGAAUCAGUUCAAUUGCCUCAUCCGGGAACUUCGUAUAAUCCCAGCUACGAAGACCACAAGAAUUUGAUGGAUCAAGUGAUUGCAGAGGAAUUGAAGAUAAUCAAGGAGGAGGAGCAUUUGGCUCGCGUCACCACGAAGAUGUACGCAAAGUCGACAGUUCAGGAGAAGGAAUCGAAUUGGUUGGUGGAAAUGUCCGAGGGAUUGAAACCGGACAACGAAAAUGAGGAGAUCGAAGAUAGCGGAAGGAUUUCUCUGAAUCCACCCACGGAAAACAAAAAGAAGAACAAGCAGCAACGUCGCAAGCAGCAGGAGGAGAAAAUAUUGAGGGCGCAACGGAUAAUCGCGAAGAAGGAGAAGAGGAAGGGCAGCGAUCUGAACAGGCUGAGGGCUAUACAAAAGUCGAUCGAAUCGUUGGAAGCGAAGAACAAGGAGUUGUUCGAAAAGAAGCAAAAGCUGCGGGAGAAGAAAUCGCUGGAGACGAAGCGACUCGCCAGAUUGAAGUUCGAAGCAGGAGAUAUCGAUUUUAAUCGCGGCGACGAGAUCGCCGGAAAUCUGAGGAAUUUGAAGAAGGGCGGAAGCGUGCUCGGAGAUCGUUUCAAGAGUCUGCAGAUGAGGAACAUCAUUCCACCGACUGAGAUGAGCGUCAGGAAGAAGGCGAAGGUGAAACGUUUCGAAAAGAUCAAGGGGGAUUGGAAGAAAACGGUGGCGAGGCCCGGAUUUAUAUAAAAACAUUAAUUUAUUAUUAUUAUGGCAAUUAUUUGGUUCAAUGCUGUUUAAAUAAAAACACUGAUUUAGUA